UGGGUCCGACUGCAAGGGACACCGAUGGAGCCGUGGCUAUCUGUUGGAGAAGGCGGCGCCGGUGGUGGUAGCGGUAGCGGCCGCCGGGCUUCCAAAGGGCCUGGAUCCCAUAGGAUCCCUUGCAGGAACUUUGCCCGUGGGACUUGCAGAUGGGGUCAGAACUGCCGAUUCUCCCAUGAUAGGAAGUCUACUCAGAUCUGCAGAUAUUUCCAGAAUGGGUUUUGUGAUUAUGGAGACCGCUGCAGCUACCAGCACGUCCUGGAAGCACCGCCCUUGAGCAGGUGUGGCUCAGAGGCUGCCUACCAUGGACUGCGUGGAUUGACUGUGAACCGCCGAGGCUCGGAGCCAGCCAUCUUGCCAGAAGCUUCAGUGAGGAGUUGGGGAGCGGCCCGGCGUGGCUCAGAACCAGCUGUCUCGGGCAUGGCACAGCUACAGAUGAACUUUGGGAGCAUGAGGAUGUCAUUUGAGGAGGAGGAUGAAGAUGGUGAUAAAGCCAUCCCUUCCUGGCACCCUCCAAACUGGGCCCUCAGUAAAGAAUUUGUUCCCAGGCAGGCUGCUUCAGGUUCCACAUCCCAUGAAGAGAGACUUGACACCACUUCCCUGAUGCCAGAAGAAGCAUCAGCCAAGGAGGCUGCUCCCGUGUCUGUGGUCUCGGAAGAGCCAAAGGCAGUUGGAGGUUCAGAAGCGGCAGAAGCUGCUGCUUCUGCAGAGGUGCAGAAAAGUGAGGAUGUGGUGUGUGGAAUCUGCAUGGACAAAAUCUCUCAGAAGACCUUGCCUCAGGAGCGUUUGUUUGGCAUUCUUCCUAACUGCUCCCAUGCCUACUGCGUGACCUGCAUCCGAAAGUGGAGAAAAAGCCGGGACUUUCACAAUGCGGUGAUUAAGGGCUGCCCAGAGUGCAGAGUCACUUCAACUUAUUUCAUCCCCAACCAAUACUGGGUUUCUGAUUCAGAAGAGAAAGAAAAACUGAUUGAGAAUUUCAAGGCACGAACCAGCAAAAUAAGGUGCAAGUUCUUUGUCAGAAGCAAUGGUCACUGCCCCUUUAAAUCAGAGUGCAUCUACCUGCAUGAGCUGCCUGGAGGUCGGCUCCCGGCUGCAAAGCCGCAACAGAGGCCUGAACGGCGGAGACGGCGGACCGUUGCCUUUAACCCAUCUCCAUCUGACAGCUCGGAUGAAGAUGAUGACGAUAUGUACUUGAUCCAGUGGGCUCUGACUGUUGCACUGUUGCAGAGGGAGAGGGACUUUGACUAUUCAGACUUUCUCAUUUGGGAUUCGAGUGAUUCUUCCGACUAGAUGAUGACGGUGAUGACGACAUCAUUGGAGGCUGCGGGAACAAUCUUACUGACAUGUGAAGCUGUGGCUUGGGGAGAAUGGGUGGGGAAAGAAGGGAUCUUGAUCAGUUGAAUGGUUGUCUGGGGGGGGCUCUUAGUUGUCUGGCGGGUCUUCAUUGCAUUUUGCCUGGAAUCCGUAAGCUGGGAGAACAUAGUGCAAGGACCUGUUUUAUGUUGGGAAGGCCUCCUGAUUCCACAGGGCAAGAUAAUGGCUGUCACCACUGUUGGCAUACGGUAUCUUAACACGUCACCCAAGUGCACUGCCAUUCUCCUAUCCCUUGCUUGGCUAUAUCUUCACGUUCCUUUUCCCCGCCCUCAACAUUUUAUCACAUCCUGGGCUUCCCAGCAUUGGGAUCCAUGAAGACCCUCCCAGCUGUAUCUCUUCUAGGAGGGUGCCAGGUUCUGCUAGUGCUCAGGAAGUCUGUGUAUACUGGAGACACUGAGUUUUCAGGUGUGUUCAUGGUGCUGCUAGUUGUUUCCUCAGGAAGGCAGGCUUGCUGAGCAGUGCUAUUAUCUGCAGCAGGCAGCACCUGCAUCUUGCUUUUUGUCUAGCAGUGCUAUCGGGUAUCUUAUCGUAGGCUUACGGAGGAGGGGUGUAACAUAGGGUAGAGUGAACUAAAUCUUGAAUUUUUAUUUAUGCAGUGAUCAACUUAGUAUUGGAGGCUUAGAACUCGGUGAUUUAAACCCUUAGGAUCUGGGAUCAGUAAGCCCCCUGAAUGUAUUUUUAAUCCUAGAAGGAUCGGGAGAGAGUAUCAAAUAAAAUGAGCUUUAAAAAUGUAGCCAUGCAAAGUCUCUUUUUCUACCCCUCUGUUAACUUGUUAAAACGUGUUGUAGUGUAUGAACACAAAUACAUUCAGUUUUUUUCUGUC